UAGAACGAGUGCGAGCACAGCGACGAGGAAUCCGGAGUAGGCACGACCGAGGGAGCGACCGAUCGGGCGGCGCGUGCACGCCAAGCCGUGAAACCUCGCUUCAUGAUGGACGAGUGCAUGCUCAACGACUUGUUGGAGUGCUCGGUGUGCCUGGAACGGCUCGACACGUCCAGCAAGGUGCUGCCGUGCCAGCACACGUUUUGCAAAAAGUGCCUGGAGGAAAUCGUCAGCACCCAUCGCGAGCUACGCUGCCCCGAAUGCCGCGUCCUCGUGGACGCAAAGGUGGACGACCUGCCGCCGAACGUGUUGCUGAUGCGCAUCCUCGAGGGGAUGCGCAACGCCGCGCCGAAGAACCAGGCCAAGUCCGCGCUGCCGUCGUCGAGGUCCACCUCGGCCGGCACCGCCGUGCCUCAGCGGCUGUUCGGCGGCCACCAGGUCGCCCCGGCGCCCAUCGUCACCGGCAACCUCGCGCCCACCAUCGGCUCCGAGCCAGCGGUGCGUCAUUCCAACGCUGCUGCCAAGCAGGUGCAUCUGCACAACCAGGCGUACGGAAGGGCGAUCUACGACUACGUCUCCAAGGUGCCAGGCGAUUUGAGUUUUAAGAAGGGCGACAUAGUCAUCCUGCGGAAGAAGAUUGACAACAAUUGGUAUUUCGGGGAAUGUGGCAAUAAUCAUGGUGUCUUUCCUCUGUCUUACGUUCAGGUGAUGACGCCUUUGACACCGCACGUACCUCAAUGUAAAGCGCUGUACGAUUUUAGGAUGACAAACGAUGACGAGGAUGGUUGUCUGACUUUUAACAAGGGAGAAGUGAUCAGCGUUAUCAGAAGAGUGGACGAAAAUUGGGCGGAGGGUAAACUCUUGGACAGAAUCGGCAUCUUUCCGCUGGCUUUCGUCGAGCUGAACAGCGUCGCGAGAGCCUUAAUGAAACUCUCGACCAAUGUGCAGCCGGGGCCGUCGAGGGUAGCCCCGCCAACUCCGACGAACGAGGAGACCACGCCGUUGAUACCAACCGAUCACUCGCGUAACGUGCAGACGACAAGUCAGUCUCGACCGCAGUUAGUCCAGGUGUCCGAUUCUGUCUCGAACGUGUCGUCUGGCGGCAGCUCCACGACCACUACUCCGAACACGCCCAACAGUUCGACGACAUCCAGCAGUUCCAGCACUGCCCCGAGCAGCCCCGGCAGUCCCGCGACCUCGCCGCCCGCGGUCGGCAACAGGCAUAACGUUAAACGUCAUAGUUUCACUGCCGUCAAUACAGGUCAUCAUGCACAUCCCCAUCAUAGACAUAGCGCUGAAAUACUUAGUCCUCCGGUAGACAGUGCCCCUAAUAACGCCAAUAAUAGCGGAGGCAAUGAAUCAUUUUCCUCCUUACAAACGAGCGGCGGCUGCACGGAUCACGGUCUUCGUCACAGACGAAGCGGCAGCAGCGACCUUGUUCUCGCCCAGGCGUCGCAAAAUAUUCCCGCUGGUCAGACUACCGGCGCAUCCGGUGCUACGCACUUGCCAGCGGCGUACGUGGCGCUGUAUCCGUACAAGCCCCAGAAGGCGGACGAGCUUGAGUUGCGAAAGGGCGGGAUUUACAUGGUGACGGAACGCUGCCAGGACGGAUGGUUCAAGGGAACGUCCAAUCGUACGCAGAAGUGUGGGGUUUUCCCUGGAAAUUACGUCGCGCCUGCCAACAGAUGUCAACGCGGACUGUGUCGCGGAUCUCCAAACUCACCGAGCCAGCAUCAAGGCUCGCCACUGUCAAACGCCCCGUCGAGCGCAGAGUCGCGUCUGGCGGUGACGUACACGAAGAGCAAGGGUCCGGCGCCGCAGCCGUACAAUCCUCGCACACUGCCGCCGCCUGAAUUACCACCGCGCGCCAUCAGCCCAUCCACGACGACCGUGUCCUCGUCCUGGCACGGCGCCGCACAGUCAAAUCAGGGACCGAAUCAAGAAACUAGUCCGCCCCGACACAACGACCAGAACGCAGCCGCCACCCCGCUCGGGCGCAGUCACAGCGCGGUGAUGACCGCAAAUAUUCCUUCCCCGGGUAAACAAAUCGCCGUGUCGUCGCUGCAACCGGCAGCGGGUAUCAAUAGCGCUAACAACGGCUGCAGCAGCGCUACCAUCCCAGCUCCUUCCUCUUCGACGGGCGACAUGAACAGGAGCCCGAAUAAUACUCUGCGCGUAGCGGGUGGCAUCGCGCCGUCGAACGCAGCCGCGACGGCGUCCAGAACCGCGGAAAAGCCCAAGGAGAAGAAGGAUAAGUGCGUCUCCUUGAUGCGGCGCUUGACCAAUAUCAAGAAGUCUAAAUCGCCUCCACCUGCUACGUACUCGAUGGAUAAUCCUGUAUUCGACGACGGUAAUUCCGUCAAUCCGAUGCACGUCCGAUCGGGCUCUUGUCCAAGUCAGUUGCUACAGGUGGUACCUACACAGGAAUUAAACGCUUCAAACAGCCCACACCGCUUAUGUCCAGGCUCUGUGCAGGGGCACGUCACAUCCUCACAGAGACUGAAAUACAAGGAGAGACCCUCCUUGCCAGUAUCGGUAAUCCAGAGAUCCAACGAGUCCGGUGCAAUGGUAUGCUCGACCGUUGGAAAUCACCAUCGCAAGAGCAAUUCUCUGGACGCCGGAAUGGGAAAGCAAAUGAAGCAGCAAUCGUCGCGCGACCGCGCGGGGUACAGAUUCCGUUGCAUCGUACCGUAUCCACCUAAUAGCGAGUUCGAGCUGGAGCUACGCGUGGGGGACAUAAUAUACGUGCAGAAGAAGCGCGACGACGGAUGGUACAAGGGUAUGCAGCAGCGUACCGGCCGCACAGGUCUAUUUCCGGCGAGUUUUGUGGAAGCUUUCUGAGACCCGACGCAUGGUCGCCUAGUGUUAGAAACUUGUAUAUAACUUGGCCUUUUGUGUAAGUAUUUACACGACAUAUUCAGAUUCGGGAUUAGCCACCCGAUAACCGGCACGUGAUUCGCGGGUGUGCUUGUCGUUGGUUUUUCCCUGACACUCUCUGGGAUGUCAUUGACUUGAAACCGAUUAAUACGUGCACGUCGUAUCACGCGUGCCGUGUCACGAGCUGUGCAAUAUAUGCGUGUGCACAGCAAUUGUGCGAAGCUAAUGGGCCAUUAAUUAGCGUGUUGUAAUAAACGCGCCGUGUAAGUGACCGACGACGCGUCGAGUUAAUGAAUGCGUUCGCGUGGUGGGCGCAUAACAGGAGGUUUUAGCGUAGUACAAUUAUACGUAUUUCGUAUGUAAAUAUGCACAAGAGAUGACGAAGAGUAGUACACGAUGUUGAAACUACUCGGAACUUGAUACUGCCAUCGGUUAUGUAGGCGUAACUGUAACGAGAUAACGAGAUAAUUCAUUUUGCGCAACGUUACUGCCAUUUGCGAUCGUAAGGGAAGAAAUAUCAGUUUCCCGUUUCGAGCUGCUGAUUUCGCACUUGCUAUCUUCCUUUUUUUUGACAUGCGCACAAUGUAUACAAGAGAGAUUGAUGUGGGUUGUGUAAUAAUCAUGCUUACGCGCGUGAAGCCAUUCAUGACACGUAAUUAAAUGUAAAAUUAUGGAGUACACGGAAGAGAGGAAAGAAAUUGCGUGUUGGGGAAAAAGAGGAUACUCUUCAGAAAAAUCUAAAUGUCUCGGGGCAAAUGCACACGUAAAUUAAUACGAGUAAAUUAAUUAGACGUGUCUGUGCGAUGGUGCGCUUGAAUUCUACCAACAAUGUUGAAGUUGCGAUUGUCUAGAUAGGACUGUGUUUGUAUAUGGUAGGCCAAGUUAAAAUUUGAAAUUCCACGAGAUUUUUACAUUUUGACGAGAUCUAAACGCAUCAUCGCACGGAUGUUUAUUUGGUCCUGGGAUAUUUAGGAUUGUGCAUCCAUAUUUAUUAUCGUACUGGGCUUUACAUAAUUUUCUCUUCCUUAAUCUGCCAUUGUAGACGACUGGCUUAUUUACCACUGAUAACUUAUGCUUCUGUGUGAAAAGAUACAUCACACGAGAGCACAACCAGUUGGUGAUUUUAUUAUUGACAUUGUUUAAGACUGGGCUAUGUUUUAAAAUUGUUGAGAUUAUGUAAAUGUCUUUUCUUAGCGGGUAUAUUCAUUGUAUACCUUCGCCGUACAAAGGAAGAUGUUCUAUUUUAACGAACAAUUCGGAUUGUUAUAGACAAUUUAGCUAAAGUAUUUAGAAAAUGGCCUUGAUACGCGCAAUGUUGAUGUAUUAUUAUACACUUGGUAUACACCAUUUUAUAACUCGAUUUAUAACUUGUUUUCUAAUUUAUAAACGCAGGCAUCCAUGGCAUGACGAUGAGUUAGUUUAAACAGCUAAUUCCGGAUAAAUAUUCAAUAAAUUGAAGUGCUUCCAUUAUCUGAUUAAUGAUCAGUAUGUAGAUAUAAAUUUUGUUACGUUCUUUAUAUUUUCUAUUAUUAUUAUUCUAUUAUUCUUAUGAAUUGUACAAUUUUGCGCAGUCGGUUUUUAUAAAUCUUUAUACAUACGCCGUUAAAACAUGUUUUAUUGAUUAAGAUUAUCAAUUAUAUUAAUUAUACUAUCGACUUUUAGGCAUUAUGAUUAAGUCGCGAAAGUGUACCUUAUUUCGAUAUGUUAUUCAAUAAUUAUAUACAUCAAUUGUACAUACAUUACGCGUGUAUAAAUAUGUAGAAACGUAUAUUUGUAUAUAUACAUAUAUAUAUAUAUAUAUUCGUAAUGCUCAAUUCAUUAAUCGUAUAUGAAUAAGUGAUCUGACUUAUUCAAAUUUAAACACGUGUAUUGCACAAAUCCAAGUGUAAACGAGAAACUUACUCAUGUCGUACUCUAUAAUUUUGAUCGCACAUGUAUACGCGUACGUAUAUUUACGUAUAUAUCCUCUGGGAACAUAUAUUUAUAUUAAUUAUGGACCUUUAAUGGCACAUUGUAUAUAAUUUUAUUGUAUACUUGACAUAGGAGUUUGCGGAUGUACCUUUAUCUGACUAGAGGUAGAAUCCAGUGUACACACACAACGAACAAUAUUAUAAUACAAAAAUAUAGGAAACAUUGCACAGUACAUUAUAAAGACGAAAGUCACAAAGUGAUAGUUCACUUAGACAGCGAAAGAGAAAGUAUCCUCUCUGCAGUAUACUUUCUCUCUCAGAAUUUUUAUCAUUAAUUUUAUCGAUGAAGCAACACUCAAUGCGCAUUGCUACGCUAUUAGUUUUACAUCAUAUCUUCAACGAAUUAAUACAUGCAAAUCGUUAUAAAUAUAAUCGUAACAUCUGCAAACUCCUAUGAUACGAAACAUUUCGUUGUCCUCGUUGAAAUACAAAGCAAACGGAUACCGAAAAUCGACAAUUUACGUUACGAUCACGCAAUAAUUGCAAAAGAGAUAACCAGAAGCGUCCAUCUCUGUCAUUUGAAGUCGAGGAAAGGACGUUGCCUGUAAAUUUACGAGCGAAUAAUUUUUUGUGGCCAUCAAACUAUAGAAAAUAAAACCUAGAAGGAUUAGCGACAAGAUUUAGGAAUCUUGUCGACGUUAACAAAGUCUACAUUGUGGUACGAGGAAAGUGUGACUUAGAGAUUCUGAACGACUAUAUACGCGUAGGGAGAGAUGUAAUUUUAUAGCUAUUCGUCCGAAUGGAAAAGGUGGCUGGAUAUAUUUUUUUAUGUCAGUCACUUCAGCGCGGAAAAAAGUGAACGACCGAUUGACCAUAGGAUCGAAUUUAAUCGAAUCUAGAAUUAUGAUAGUCAGGAAAAAGAAAAUAUCUCUUACACUCUUAUGCGAGGGGCCACACUGCGCAUGCUGUAAUACAUUUGGCAGUCCAUUGUAGCAUGAUAUUUAGAAAUCGGAGAGAGGAUAGUAAAUAAAACGUGAGAUAUAGAUAUAGAUAUAUACAUAUUUAUAUGCAAAAAAAAACUCGUCUAUUUGUGUUCAUGCAGAUCAUUGAAAUCGUAUCUUAUACAAAUGAUUAAUGUGUCAUACGCACAAUGUAUUUCAUGUUUUGCAUUUCGAUCUUGCAUAUCCAUCUCCGACGAAGAAUGUAAAUUUUCGAUGACGGCUUCUAUUUUAUUUUACAUCUCUUUUAGUACAUCUCCGUGGCGAUUAAAUUAUACGAUUGAAUUCUUUAUGUCAUACUAGAGCGAAACUGCGUAGAAACUAUUUAUACACAGGCAUACAUAUGUGUGUUUUAUAUGACGUACACUUAAGUAAUUUAUUAUUAGUGGCAUGUAAAGAAGAUACUGCUAAGUGGCGGGUGGUAUAUCAGAUCGGCUGUAACGAGAGAGAUUAAUUAUUAUUGUCGCUACUUUACAUCGCGCGCUACACAAAAGUCAGGCGUGACCCGACACGCCAAGGUGUAAGAUCAUCUUCCGCGUAAUUAUGUCGUUGAUUUAACAUCGUUGCCCGUUUGCUUUUGCGUAAGGAGAGCCACAGAUGUUCAAUACCGCUUUCACAGUAACAUCAGCAAUAAAUCAAUGAAAGCGCGCAUGCGAUGCUAUUAGCCGCCUCUGUGGAUUGUAAAUAAGUUACUACGAAAUCUGGCGUUCCCGCGACGUUGCAGUAUAAAAGAAACCGAAUCAUGUCAGUAAAGCCAUACUCUCAUAUACAGACAAAGACUAUCCUGCGUUUCGCACGAGGUCGGAAUCUGUCUAGGUUGCAGAACAGGUACACGUAGCAUAGGAAUGUAAGACAAAGAUCCGAGUCAAGAGCCUUCGUUUAGACCAAAUGUGUUUCUAGCACUUCUUUCUUAAGGGAAAACUUAGAAUAGUCAUUAUAUACCGAUUACUACCUUUACACGCUACUUACGCUACUCGGUAUUUUGUCACUAACGUAACGAUGUUCCAACAAGUCUAUGUCGAUGUCGUGUCCAAGCGUAAUUUACACGUAUACAUAGGUAUCGUUUAAUAUUUAAAUAGCAUACGAAAUCUGUAAUAAAAUCCUUCACGUGGCUACCACAAA